UAUUAAAAAAAGAGGAAGGGGAGGCUUUCCUGUUCAAGUGAACACAUCGACUAUUAAGGAUAAGUGAAAGAUACCAGGGUUAAAGACAGUCAGUCGUAAAGCGUGUAGACCAGAAUUUUUCAAUAAAAAAUAUCUGUCGGAUUUGAGCGACUUCAUGCUGUGUCAUUGCCGAGACGUUUGAGUCUGUCGGCGUGUGUACUGCGCCGGGUGUCGGCCACAGAGUGUGGGAAAAUGCCUGCUUUCUCAUGGAGGGUUUGGCCUGCGCUCGUGUUGCAUUUGUUCGCUUCCACUGUUGCUGCAGAGGAGUCGUCACUGCUAAUUGGUUGGCACGAUGCAUGGCCCUUCCGCUUUCUCAUCAACGUGCUGGGAUACUCCACCAUCAUUGUCCCUGGCUACCUCCUCAUUAGCUAUUUCAAGCGCUCCAAUUAUUUAGAAACAGGUAGUGGGCUUUGCUAUCCCAUCAUAAAGACUUGUGUCUUUGGCAGCGAGGAUAAAACCGGUCUGUCGGAUGAUGUAUCAGCUACAAGCCGAAAUGAGGUUGAUUCAGGCUCAUCAGUCAAACAGGCUGUCAAGUUAAUCUUUUGUGCUGCUGGACUUCAGGCAUCGUACCUGACGUGGGGAGUCCUGCAGGAGAGGGUGAUGACUCGGUCCUACGGAGCUAAGUCUCCAGAGGAAGAGGGGGAGAAAUUCAAGGACUCUCAGUUCUUGGUCUUUAUGAACCGCAUCCUUGCUCUGACAGUGUCGGGCCUUUGGUGCAUGCUGUUCAAGCAACCUCGCCAUGGCGCACCCAUGUACAAAUACUCCUUCGCUUCACUCUCCAACAUCAUGAGCAGCUGGUGCCAGUAUGAGGCCCUAAAGUACAUCAGCUUUCCCACUCAAGUCCUGGCCAAGGCCUCCAAAGUCAUUCCUGUCAUGCUGAUGGGCAAGAUUGUGUCCCAUAAAAGCUACGAAUACUGGGAGUACUUCACCGCUGUGCUAAUCUCUGUUGGUGUCAGCAUGUUUCUGCUGACCAGCACACCCAGCAAGCAUCCAUCCACGGUCACCACCUUCAGUGGAGUCAUCAUCCUCAUCGGCUACAUCGUCUUUGACAGCUUUACCUCCAACUGGCAGGACAACCUCUUCAAGUACAAGAUGUCAUCAGUGCAGAUGAUGUUCGGGGUCAACCUGUUCUCCUGCCUCUUCACCGUGGGUUCACUGCUCGAGCAGGGUGCCUUCUUUGACUCUUUAGCCUUCAUGACACGUCACUCUGAGUUUGCCUUUCACGCAGUCCUGCUGUCCGUGUGCUCAGCAUUCGGUCAGCUCUUCAUCUUCUACACCAUCAACCAGUUUGGCGCUGCCGUCUUCACCAUCAUCAUGACGCUGCGGCAGGCCAUCGCCAUUCUCCUUUCAUGCUUCCUGUAUGGUCACGCGAUCACCUUAGUGGGGGGCUUUGGCGUCACCACAGUUUUCCUGGCACUCUUCUUGCGGGUGUAUGCACGCAGCCGCAUGAAGUCAAGCCGACGGUCAGCACUGCCGCUCGCACAGAAGGUGUAGCACUCCAAAGUCACACCAAACUGGGAACUGAGACCACGUUUUCUGUGGUGCUAUUUGUCUAUUUGUGGGUACCUUAUAUUCUUUUCCAUUUGUUUUUAUUUUUAUUAGCAUUGGUACAGAAAGGGAUAAUGCAGUUUUGAUUCUUACACAAAGAUGCCCCCAAGGGGUCCAUGUGAUCUGUCGGGUCAUUGAAAGUAUGAGUGCCUGUAAGAUUGUCUUAAGUUUUAAAAAACCUCUUCAGCUCUUCUACACUUUAACCAGCUUUUUUUUUUCCAGCUUGUGCAGCCAUUUUAAGGCUAUUGUAUGGCUAAGCAUUAUGCUUUAAGCAUUGGCAACAUUGCCUGUGUCCAAAAAGGAUAAAACCAUGUGGUCACUUUCUAUAAGGGACACUUUUAUAUAUGUGAGGGUACAUUUCUUUCGCAGUGGCAAAACCUUGAUCUUAGACUUGUGUUAUAUUUGGAAAGGAGGGCUUUCUGUGUCUGUUUUACCUUUUAAAGAUGGUAACACACCAUAAACACACUACUGUUUAAUUCAAGAUUUCUUCAAAUAUUCCAGCAGCUUCCAUCAACAUAGUGGGUUGGUGAACAACAGAAGUACACAAACUGUACACAAUUAUCCCAAUGCCACAGCCCCAGAAUGUGUUGUGAACUCUUUUUGCACCAUUUAUAUGUUUUUAAUUCCACUGCAGAUUUGUAUGUAUCAUUUAAAGUAAUUGGGUCAAGAAAAACCAUGUAAAUAUAUCUCUUAUGUUACCCAUUAUCUCAAACCAACUUGCCUGUUGUGUUCUUUUGUAAAAAAAAAAAAGAUUGCUUCAUGCAUUUUUCAUGUGAAUGUUUGGAACAACACUGAAUGAUUUGUGUUAAUAAAACAAAGAUGUGAAGAUACUGUAA